AUGACUGGUACAGAGAAAAUCCCACUCUUCAUCAUCGGGAAAUCUGCCAAGCCACGUUGUUUUAAGAACGUACAUUCUCUACCAACAGACUACACUGCCAACAAGAAAGCGUGGAUGACUGAAAUUUUCACCGACUGGGUCCAGAAAGUUGACAAAACAUUCUACAAACAACGCAGCCAAAUCGCUAUGAUCGUCGACAACUGUCCAGCUCAUCCCAACAUCAACGAUCUACGGGCCAUCAAACUCAUCUUCCUUCCACCAAACACAACCAGUAAGACCCAGCCAAUGGACCAAGGGAUGAUCCAGAAUUUGAAGGUCCACUACCGCAAACGUAUCAUCCUACGCCACGUCAAAGCCAUAGACCGUCAGCAUGAAGCUGCGAUCUCCGUACUCGAUACUAUGAAGUUGUUAGUAAUAGACUGGCAAUGUGUUCCAGAGACCACCAUUCACAACUGUUUCCACCACGCUGGUUUUACAACGGCCCCCACAGCGACGAUGAUGAGGAUGGCAUCCCUUUUGCACAGCUGCUGCACCUACCAAUACCGUUUAGCCACUACUCAUUAG